AGGAAGAGCGGCGGAUUAUUGAAUAGCAGCGCUUUUCUUGUAUAGGCUAAAAUCCGUUUAUGUACAGAAAAUCAGAUCAGAUAAAAACACAUGUUUAUUUAACAGAUCAAUUAUUUCCAACAUAUGGAUCAAGUUGCCUAAUUUCAAUAAGUGUAUUGAUAAGACACAGAUAGAUGAUACAAGCCAAAACAAAGAUAUGUUGUUCUGUUUAGAUCAUGUUAUCGGUUAAUGAUAGAGUCGCUCUUCACUGAGACUAUAUAACAUACGGCAAAUAAAUAGCGCACUUUAAUAACUGUCUAAAAGUGGCUGAUAAUUUGAUUCCAACAUUUGGUAAACAUAUGUAUUCAGUCUCAGCGUUGACAAGCCUAAAAAACUGGAGGAAUUCUUGAGAGAUGGAUGAGGAAUUGGAAACAUUUCUGGAAGAUCAGAAGAUGAAGAUAGCAGAAGAGAAGGCCUGUCUGGAACAGGAUCCCCCUUACAUGGAGAUCAGGAGACAUAAAAGCCACACUCUCCAGAAAGAGAAUAUCUCUCCACUCACGAGCCAGCAAGAUGGAGUGAGCCUGCCGCUCGGAGAGAAAUAUGAAAGGAAAAAACACAAACUGCAGGAAGAGCUCAGGAAAGACUACAGGAAAUACAUGGCAGAGACUGUCCGUGUGAGGGAUGUGGCCACCCUUACAGAGGUGUGUGGGCUUGGCUGGAGUGUGUGCAGCUCUGAGGAGGAUUGCAGUGAUGAAGAACUAUUGCUUUUACAAGGGAGGCGUCUUCAGAGAGAGCGAGACACCAGAACAGCGAACCGAAGAGGGGAAUUGUACACAGAGACAGGGCAUCACACAAGCAAACUACAACACAGAAACAGAAUAUCGGCAUGUAUAGCGCCUCAGGCAAAUGAAAGAUCCGGAUCAGUGGCCAGUCAGGACACAGUUCGUACCUCAGGUCUUCUAAUAGGUUCAGUGGAUCUGGAGGCCACACUAAAGAGGAGAAAGGAGCGAUAUCGAUGUGAACUACAGGAACAGAUUGCAGAGAAACAAAGACACAGAAGGAGAGAGAAGGAACUGGACCUGAAAGUUGCAGUAAUGGAUCCUGAGAAAAAGUUUACAACCAUUGUGAGUGAGGCAUCUGGUUACAGAAGAGUAAGAGAAAUUAACAGAAAGCAGACCAGGGAUGAAAUGAUCCACCUGGACAUGCCUGAGCCCCCCGAGAGUGUACUGCAAUACAGGACAGACCCUCUGUCUCCAUGCAGUAUGCCUUUUGUCCCUUCUCACCUCCCGUCCCAUGCAGAGGCCUACAAGACACCACAUAAUAAUGAUGAGAAUUUACUGAACUCCAGCAGAGCCUAUGGAACAAUAACAGGAAUUUCUCUUCUGAUGCCAUCGGGAGAGAAACGCCAACUCAGUCCCAACAACGUGCACAGCAGAAGCACUCACAGACAGAUGUUUCUGGGUGAGAAUGAAGGUGUGGGUUCAGGUCUGCCAUUGUUUCCUAUGCAUCACCCUCAGACAGACAAAGACAGACUCAGUUAUAAAGAGGAGCUCCGCAAUCAGAUAGAGGAGCGGGCAGCAAGGAGGAGGGCGGAAAGAGAUGAGAGGCAAAGAUUGGAGGCGGAGCUUGAAGCCAAUAUGAGAGCGUAUGAACCCUGGGGAAGGGGAGGAGCUGGAGCCCCACUUAGAGACAGCACUGGAAAUCUCAUCACUGAUCUAAAGCAGAUGCACCUUUUCAAUGAAGCAGCAACACAAAGACAGGAGAAGCCAGGUUUUACACAGACACACUCUCCACAAAUUUCAAGAGGGAGUGUGUUCACCAAUCAGCAGCUGUCACCACAGCAACUUCAGGAUCAAGACCAAUACAAAGCUUAUCUGAGAUACCAGAUGGAAGAGAAGCAAAGGAAGCAGGUGGAGGAGAGAGAGCGUAUGAGGGCGGAGGAGGAGAGGGAGGAGAGAAGACUGGCUGAACAGAGAGAGAAAAUCAGGAGGGAGUAUGAAGAGGAGCAAGAGAGCAAGAAACGCAGAGAGUUGGAGCAAAAGCUAAAGAAUGAAGAACUUGCUCAACUGGCGGAGGAGAGACGGAAGGAUGCUGAGAAAAAGAAGAAAGAAGAAGUGGAAAAAGAGAGAGCAGCUCUCAGAAAAUUAGAAGAGGAAGAGAAACUAAUACGGUUGCAGAAAGUUCCACGUGAGCCGUCUCCCCCCAUCCCAACCUUGCAGAAUAAACAUCGCAACCCUCCGAAUACUAUGGAUUUCUCGCUAUUUCAGGUUCCUCCAUCUGCAGGCAACAGAAACCAGCUAAGAGUAGAAAAGGACAGGAAUGAGGUUGUUAAUGAGCUAUGUGCAUUAAGGAGAUGUCUGCACAGUGAACAGCGGCGUUUGGAGGAGCAGCUCUUGCAGACAGAGUGGGAUCAUCUCCCCUCCCCCCUCACUGACAGGCACAGGGUGGAUGUGUUUGACAUGGCACGUUUGCGUAUGCCUGUACGUGGCCCUUCUCGUGGCACUGAGCCAGUAAGCUUAAA